AUGGCGGCCUCACGUGCGACUCGUCUCUUCGGAUCGAAGCAACGCUACGAGAUAGCGCAUGGCGAUGCGCGGACAUGGGCAGCUUCUGCUCCGCAGUACUUGAGUCCUCUGGCUGUUGGAGAUGCGGUUGCCUUGAUUGUGGUAUUCACGUCAGGGUCAACGGGGAAACCCAAAGGCCUCGUACACGGGCACGGUGGCUAUGGGAGUUGUGUUGCACGCUCAAUGUCAUAUGUUUUUGAUGCACGCGCAGGCGCUGACGUCUUCCUGACGCUGGCGACAUUUGCGUGGAUCACUGGGCAAAGUUACAUGCUCUAUGGGCCCGUACUUGCACGAUGUAAGAGUCUGCUCGUCGAGGGCUCGCCCCUUGGUGCUGACGGGCUACGAUGGGCACGUAUCGCAAAGGCGCGUCGUGCGACGAUCCUCAAGUGUGCUUCAGCAUUCGUGCGCCACGCCAUGGGCAACCAAGUACGACGAGCGGCCGUUGAGGCGUUGGACUUACCGAACACUUCAUUGCGAUUGGGCACCUUUUGUGCAGAACCUGUGUCAGCUGAGGUGCAAGGAUGGGCAUCAUCUCGAAUAGUCGCUACGUUUCUGAAUUCAUACUGGGCCACCGAGCACGGAUCCAUUGUUUUGAGCCGUGAUCCGAGUGGAAACUUUCAGCCCGAUACCAGAUGUUGGCCAGUGCCUUGGGUGCGGGCCUCGCUGCUGCAGCUUGAUGAUGAUGAGCUGGGUGAUAUUGUCCUUGAUGCACCAUACGCAGGCCUCGCCAGAACCGUCUUCGGAGACACGGCAGCGUAUGGCAAGCCCCACUGGCGUGGUGAUCUUGCACGCUUCGAGGCGGCCUAUUUUCCCCCUCGUGCAUCUGGGGAUGGUUUUGGAUUUGUGCAGGGAGACGCUGCGCGCGAGGCUGACGGCGCUUUCACAUUCCACGGGCGCCGUGACGAGGUCAUAAAUGUGAUGGGUGUCCGGUUGGGACUCGAAGAGCUCGAAAAAGUAGCAUGGUCUGCCUCAGAUGGAAUCCUGCAUGAUCUGGCUAUAGUUGGCGCACCUGAUUCUUUGAAAGGCCAGGUACCUAUUGGAUGGGUAGUCCUCUCUGAGGGCUUCAAAAUAGACUAUGACAUCCUUGCAAUCUGGCGGAAAGCCCUCUUUGAUAUCAUCGGUUCCCAUGCAGAACCGAGCGCGAUUGUUGCUGUUACUGCUCUUCCGAAGACAAUCACAGGCAAGACCCAACGAGGGCUGCUUCAAGCAGCACUACGCGGUGAC